GUUUUCAUGAAGGAUAACUGAAUCAACUUCCGCCGAUUUUUUUCCUGGAGGAAAAAUGGAACUUCAAGAUGUGUUUUACAACAAUGCAGAAUAUAUUGAAACUGCAUCCGGCAAUAAAGUCAGUCGUCAGUCAGUCUUGUGUGGAAGUCAGAAUAUAGUUAUUAAUGGAAAGACAGUUAUAAUGACAGAUUGUGUUAUAAGAGGAGACUUAGCUAAUGUCAGAAUAGGACGGCAUUGUAUUGUUAGUAGGAAAGCUGUUAUACGACCUCCAUUUAAAAAGUUUAGCAAAGGUGUGGCAUUUUUCCCUAUUCAUAUUGGAGAUAAUGUAUUUAUUGGUGAAGACUCCAUUGUGAAUGCAGCCCAAGUUGGUUCUUUUGUUCAUAUUGGUAAAAACUGUGUAAUUGGAAGAAGAUGUGUAUUGAAAGAUUGUUGUGCCAUAGCUGACAACACAGUUCUUCCUCCAGAAACUGUAGUUCCUCCUUUCACAGUAUUUUCUGGUUCUCCAGGUAGAUUUACUUCAGAGCUUCCAGAAUGUACACAGGACCUAAUGAUUGACGUAACAAUGAGUUUUUAUGACCACUUCAAAUCUAUAGGAGGACCAAAAUCUAAAGACAGGAAAAGUUUUAGUGAAUGAACAUGAUACCAGUGGUAACAUUGCUGGAAUUGUUUGAAAAAGAAUGGAAAAAUGAAGAAAACUGUAGUGCUUGAACUUUAUUUAUUGAAAGAAAGAGUGCUUUAUUUGAGUUUUGUACAUUUUGGUGAAUGGCAGUUUUAUUUUAAUGCUUACUUUAACCAGGAACCAUUAUGUUAUAUAUUGUUGUAACACAUGCUAUAAAGGGUUCAGACAGAAUGAAGAUGUAGGAUAAGAAUCUCUGGUUAUUGUUUGUUGUCCUUAUUAUAGAUAGUGCAGCAACUGUCCCUCUUUGGGAUGUCAAUUUCUACUCAUAUUGAUUGUGGAUCAUCUUGGCUUUGGUAUCUGCUUAUAAGGCCUGUCAGAAGAAAUAGACACAUUCUUAUCUCACUAAAGGGUCACAUCAAACAUUUUUAUUCUGAUUAUAGUGUUUUAUAAGACUAAAAUGGAAAGAAGAGCUAAGAUUGGCUAUAUUCACUGUUUAUUCAUAAUAAAGCAUUGUAUAAUUUUGAAUCACUUUCAGAUUAAGCAAGCAUAUUGUUUUUUUUUUAUAAGAAAUGAAGAAUAGUUGAAAACAUCUGUCUAUUCAAACCAAUUCUAAAGUGAAAAGGCAUAUUAGAAAAAAAAAUUGAGUGAUCAUAUUAAACAAUGUACCACUUAAAAAUGUGUGCUUUUUAGUAAUUUGACUUGUUUAUGGCUAUUCACUAUAUAUGAACAGUAUCUUUGUUUUCAAGACUUGUUUGUUAUAAUUGAAAAUACUGGUUAGUGCAAAUUGAAAAUACAAGAUGAAAAAUGAUUAUAUAUUAUGUAUUUAUUAUGAGGUGAUAUAUUAUUAAAGUCCUGUUUAUGUAAUGUGCAAUAAAAUAUAUACACUCAAAA